GAGGUCUUGCGUAGUAAAUAGCUGUCAUUUGGCGGGAGAAUUCUUAAUCCCUAUUUCCAGUGCUAAAAAUCAAACCCCUCUUUAUAAUUUCUCUCCCGAAAUCGAAAUCGCAGUGUUGCAGUCCUGCAGAAGAAGCUCUAGGUCAUGGAAGAUCCAGCUCCACCCUCCUCCGAAGCCUCCACGCGCCGCCCCAAGAGGGGAAGGCCUCCGAAGCAACGCCUAAAGGAAAACGACGCCGCCGAGCAAGCUGAGCGAGAGAGCUCGCCGGAUGAUUUAGAAGAGCCACGCCCGAGACCCAAGCGGAAUCGUGCUCACGAAGGAACUUCCAGUAUGGCUGCCAAACUCGCUGAACAGACCUUGAUUGAGGCGGUCAACGGUAACGGCAAACUGAUUCCUCAUGUGGUCAAAUUUUGGGUCGAACGCUAUGAAAAGGAUCCGAAACCUGCCAUGUUUGAACUCUUGACUAUGCUGUUUGAGGCAUGUGGAGCCAAGUAUUGUGACAGGAGUGAUCUACUGGAUGAUACUGAUGUUGAUGAUGUUGUAGUUGCUCUUGUCAACUGUUCUAAAAGGGGUGAAGUUGAAGAUUAUCUAAAUUCCAAAAAGAAGGAUCAUAAAAACUUCAAAGAGAAUCUAAGUUCAUUCUGGGAUAACUUGGUUCGUGAAUGCCAGCACGGACCAUUGUUUGACCAGGUUUUAUUCGACAAGUGCAUGGACUAUAUCAUUGCACUGUCAUGCACCCCUCCGAGAGUUUACCGUCAAGUUGCUUCAUUGAUCGGUCUUUGGUUGGUCACCUCAUACAUAACUAUUGCGAACAUGCUUGGUGCACAAAGAGAGACUACCCGUAGACAAUUGGAUGCUGAAAAAAAGAAAAAAUCCGAGGGGCCUCGGAUGGAAUCACUAAAUAAAAGGUUUUCGGAUACGCAUGAGAAAAUAACAUUGUUGGAGGAGAUGAUGCGCAAGAUAUUUACUGGCUUAUUUGUCCAUCGCUACAGAGACAUUGACCCCAAUAUUAGAAUGUCAUGCAUUGAGUCACUGGGUGCAUGGAUCCUGUCAUACCCAUCCCUUUUCCUGCAGGAUUUGUACUUGAAAUAUCUUGGUUGGACCCUGAAUGACAAAAAUGCUGGUGUGAGAAAGGCUUCUAUAAGCGCUCUGCAAAAUCUUUAUGAGGUGGAUGAUAACGUGCCAACACUUGGUUUAUUUACUGAAAGAUUUUCUGGCCGGAUGAUUGAGCUUGCUGAUGACAUUGAUGUUUCUGUAGCCGUUUCUGCCAUAGAUCUUGUUAAACAACUGCUAAGACAUCAACUUAUUCCUGAAGAUGACUUGGGUUCUUUGUAUGAUUUGUUGGUUGUUGAUCCCCCAGAGAUCAGGCAUGCCAUUGGAGGAUUAGUGUAUGAUCACCUGAUUGCUCAAAAAUUUAAUAGCUUCCAAUCAGGAUCAAGAGGUGAAAAUGACAAUUCUUCUGAGGUCCAGCUUAAGAGAAUGUUGCGAAUUCUGGAGGAGUUCCCUCAAGAUCAAAUUUUGAGUCUAUAUGUGAUUGAUGAUGUAUGGGAUUACAUGAAAGCUAUAAAGGAUUGGAAGUGUAUUAUAUCCAUGCUCCUUGAUGACAAUCCAUUGCAUGAGCUCUCUGAUAGUGAUGCAACAAACUUGGUGCGGCUCUUGUGUGCAUCUGUGAAAAAGGCUGUUGGAGAGAGGAUUCUUACUGCUACUGAUAAUAGAAAGCAAUACUUCACCAAAGCCCAAAAAGAAGUGUUUGGAAACAAUAAACAGGAUAUAACUGUUGCUAUGAUGAAAAGUUACCCAUUACUCUUGCAGAAGUUUAUUUCAGACAAGGCAAAAGUGUCAUCGCUGGUUGAGAUUGUUUUGUAUAUGAACCUUGAGUUGUAUUCCUUGAAGAGGCAAGAACAGAAUUUCAAAAAUGUCCUCCAGCUCAUAAAAGAGGCAUUUUUUAAGCAUGGUGACAAGGACACUCUAAGAGCUUGUGUGAUGGCAAUCAACUUUUGUUGCAUAGGAAGUCAAGGGGAGUUGCAAGAUUUUGCGCGUAAUAAAUUAAAGGAACUUGAGUAUGAAGUUAUUACUAAGCUGAAAUCUGCAAUUAAAGAAGUAGUGGAUGGUGGUGAUGAAUAUUCUCUUCUUGUAAACUUGAAGAGGUUGCAUGAACUCCAAGUGUCUAGAUCUGUGCCUAUUAAUAUCCUAUAUGAAGACAUUGUCAUGGUGCUACGUGAAUUUAGGAAUUUGGAGGAUGAGGUCGUUUGUUUCCUUCUUCUGAACUUGUAUUUGCAUCUGGCUUGGGGUGUGCAGUCUAUAAGAAAUGAAGAAAAUAUUUCUACAGCAUCCUUAACUUCUCUCGUUUCUAAGCGUGAUACCUUGUUACAAGAACUUGAAUACUUUCUCAACUUGGCUCCUGACAGCAAGGAAGGGGGUAAACUUGGAAGUGAACUUGCUUGCAGGGUAUGCUGUAUACUUGCAGAAAUGUGGAUCGUAUUUAGGACAUCAAAUUUCAGCAAGACAAAGCUGGAAAGGUUAGGAUAUCAGCCAGAUGCUCACGUGCUUCAAAAGUACUGGGAACUUUGUCAACAACAGCUUAAUAUUUCAGAUGAGGCAGACGAUGAAGAUGUUAACAAAGAGUAUGCUGAGGAGACAAAUAGAGAUGCUGUUAUGAUUGCUGCUGGAAAGCUUAUCUAUAGUGAUGUUGUUCCAAAGGAGUACCUUGCUUCUGAGAUUGUUUCUCAUUUUUUAAUGCAUGGGACAAGUGUGUCUGAGAUUGUAAAGCAUCUGAUCACAGUUCUAAAGAAAAAAGAUGCUGAUCUGGCUACCAUUUUUGUGGAAGCACUUAAAAAGGCAUACCAUAGGAGUGAGAAUGUUUCCGCAGAAAACAACUCUUUCUCAGAAUGUAAAAAUCUGGCUGCUCAGCUUUCUGGAACAUUUAUAGGUGCCGCCCGGAACAAGCACCGGUCAGACAUUUUAAAAAUUGUCACCCGUGGUAUUGAAUAUGCUUUUGCAGAUGCUCCAAAACAGUUGUCUUUUCUGGAAGCGGCAGUACUCCAUUUUGUGUCAAAACUCCCUGCACCAGAUGUGUUGGAAAUUAUGACGAAUGUUCAGACACGAACAGAAUAUGUCAAUACAGAGGAAAAUCCCAGUGGCUGGCGGCCCUAUCAUACGUUUAUUGAUAACUUGAGAGACAAGUAUGCAAAGAAUGAAGGCUUUCAAGAUGAGAAAGAAGGGGUUUCUAUUAGGCGUAGGGGUCGUCCCCGUAAAAGGCAAAACAUACCAGCAAAGAAGCUUUUUGAUGAUCAGAGUUCAAGUGAAGAUGAGGAUUCCAUUAGUGCAUCCGAGCAAGAUGGAGGGAGGCAAGAGGAGGACGAUGAAGAUGCUCCUUUGAUACAAUCAAUCAGAUCAUCAUCUAAGUUAAGGUCGCUUGGAGUCUCUAGGGAGGAAAGCAAAGGGGCCUCAAGCUAGCUUCGCGAAGUUGUAGGUGACGAGUGUAUUUGGAAAUGGAUUCUGCAUGUAUUGAUUACUAUAGUUGUUAAGUUUAGGAAUGCUAGUAUGUAAUUCGACUUGCUGAUUGUAUAUGAUAAUUGUACUAAAAAGAUUGCUAGCUUUACAUUAUGGUUGUCACCAUUAUCUGAUCUUAUACUGAAAAUUAUGAAGUAUAGCGCUUUUGUGAUUUGAUCUCA